CUUCUCCCUCCGGGAGAAAACGGCAAAGCCGAAGGAAGAGGCGCGACCAGGCAGCAGAAAUCCCGGGUGGAAAAGCACCAGGCAGAGGCGGGAAGCAGCGUCCUGGGAACUCCGCAUCCUGCCAGGAGCAGAGCGCCCUGCAGCCGCCCCGGCGGGUGGGUGUGCAGCCUCAGGGCUGCAGAGCAGGGAACCUCCCCGUGGGCUGGGGGAGCCGGGAAUCUCCUCCCCAGCGCCGCAGGGCGAGCCGGGCUUCUGCCUCAGCCCCUGCAACCAGCCGGUUCCGUGGGAAGAGGCACCGCGGAGCCGCACGAGUAUCUCCGCCCCUGCUCCUGCCUUCCCUCCAGCACCAGCCACGACCUCGUCCCGUUCCCCCCCGCCGCUUGCUGGGAGCGGCCGGUGGGCAGGGCUGGGAAAACCAGGAACUGGGAUAACCAGGAACUGGGAUCAGGCUGUGCUCGCGGGGUCAGGCUGGGCUGGUUGCUGGCGUGGCCGAGGUCCUCGCUUCUCCACGGGAAAAAGGCACCCAGGGGGCAGAGGGAAGGCUGCUCCAGAUUUCAUUUUGCCAGGCUGGAGGAGGCUUGACAUCUCAGCCCAUCUCAACAACCACUGGUGCCAAGAGCAGGGAACCCAGGAACACCAUCUGAGUUGCCUGAGAGACUCCUGCAGUGAGAAAAUGUUGGCUGCCUAUUUUGAUUGCCCAGGAGGCCCAGAAAAUCUCUAUGUAAAAGAAGUGAUAAAACCAGAGCCAGGAGAAGGAGAAGUUCUUGUGAAGGUCUCUGCCAGUGCCCUGAAUAGGGCUGAUUUACUCCAGAGGAGAGGGAAGUACCCUCCCCCCAAAGGAGCAAGUCCUAUUUUAGGCUUGGAAGCAGCUGGGAGUGUGGCUGGGCUCGGACCUGGCUGCAGGGGGCGGUGGAAGGCUGGCGAUGCAGUGAUGGCUCUGCUCUCCGGAGGUGGCCAGGCAGAAUACGUGACAGUCCCCGAAGGCCACCUGAUGGCAAUUCCCAGUGAUAUGACAUUCACUGAGGCUGCAGCCAUUCCCGAAGCCUGGCUAACAGCCUUCCAGCUGCUGCAUUUUGUAGGUAAAGUACAGAAGGGUGAGAAAGUGCUGAUCCAUGCAGGAGCUAGUGGAGUUGGUCUGGCAGCCAUUCAGCUGGUGAGACUGGCCCAGGCUGUCCCCAUGGUGACAGCAGGAACUCAAGAGAAGCUGAGAGCAGCAGGAAAGGCUGGAGCAGCUGUGGGCUUCAACUACAGGCAUGAAGAUUUCAGUGAAGAGGUCCUGGCAUUCACCCAAGGUUCUGGAGCAGAUAUUAUUUUAGAUUGUGUUGGCAGCUCAUACUGGGAGAAGAACCUCAACUGCCUGAGCACUGGUGGCAGGUGGAUUAUUUAUGGCCUGCUGAGUGGAGGUGAAGUACAUGGAGAUCUGCUGGCAAGGCUGCUUGCCAAGAGAGGGAGCAUCCACACAAGUCUGCUACGGUCACGAGACAAGGAGUACAAGGAACGACUGGUGAAAGCCUUCACGGAAGAUGUGCUGCCCUAUUUUUCUGGAGGAACCUCCCCUCACCUCCAGCCACUUGUUGGCAGUGUGUUCCCUCUGCAGCUGAUUGCCCAAGCACACAGGUUCAUGGAAGAAAACAAGAAUAUUGGCAAGAUUGUCAUUGAAAUGCCUGAUUAAUCUUAAACAAAGACCUGCUGCCGUCGUUGUUUCAGGGACGGAACAAAUGUGGGAAGCAGAGGAUCUGCUUCCAAAUCCAGAACGGCUUCUUGUGGAAGGGCACCUAAAGCAAAGCCUGGAUGUGUUUAAUAAAGGCUUUCUGCAGCUCUGGUA